AUGCCUGCAAGGGACUGUCAUCUUCCUCCAUCUCUGACGAAGGAGCGGCUGGAGGAGCCCCUCCAGCCCCUGCCCGAGCACGACUACUUUGAGUUCUUCGCCAACGACUCCAGCUUGUACCCUCACAUGUUCUCGAGAGCCUACAUCAACUUUAAAAACCAGGAAGACAUAGUCCUCUUCAGGGAUCGCUUUGACGGCUAUGUUUUUGUCGAUCACAAAGGUCAGGAAUAUGCUGCCAUAGUUGAGUUUGCACCUUUCCAGAAAGCUGCAAAAAAGAAGAGUAAGAAAAAGGAUGCCAAAACUGGAACUAUCGAAGAUGAUCCAGAGUACAAGAAGUUUUUGGAAAGUUACAGUGCAGAUGAUGAAAAACUAACCUCCACUCCUGAAACUUUGUUGGAGGAAAUAGAGGCAAGAAACAAAGAGCUAAUAGCUAAAAAGACUACUCCUUUAUUGAACUUCUUGAAAAAUAAACAGAGACUGAGAGAAGAAAAAAGAGAGGAGAGGAGGAGGAGGGAGUUGGAAAGAAAAAGACAAAGAGAAGAAGAAAGAAGAAAAUGGAAAGAGGAGGAGAGAAGGAAGAGAAAAGAAGCAGAAAAACUGAAGAAAGUAGACAGAUGCCCAGAAAAAGAAAGAGACAGAUCAAAAGACGAACCAAAGAUUAAGCUACUUAAGAAGCCUGAAAAAGAUGAAAAAGACUUGGAGAAAAAAGAAAAAUCCAAGAAACUGGAAAAAGAGACUCUGAGGGAGGAAAAAAAUGCGAGUAGUGCAUCUGCCAAACGAUCUGAUGGGGAGACAAAAGAAGAGAAGGCAAAAAAAUCAGAAGAUGAGUGUGUAAAGGACUACAGGGACCGAGAUAGAGAUUUUGAAAGAGACAGAGAAUAUGAGAGAGCACAGAGGGAGAAACUGAGACGCCAAGAAGAGGAGCGUCGGAGGCAGAAAGAGCGCUUUGAGAAAGAGAAGGUUUUUAGAAGAAAAGAGGAAGAGGUGAAAAAGGAGAGAGACUUACUCAGAGAAAAGGGAAAGAAAAGUGAUCUUACAGACUUUACCAGCAGCACGGACAAAUCUGAAAAAGUAACCAAAGACGAUAAAAAAGAGGAUACAAUUAAGAGGGAUCGUAUCAGAAACAAGGAUCGUCCGGCAAUGCAGCUGUACCAGCCAGGAGCCCGAAGCCGAAGCAGAUUGUGUCAGUAUGAAGACAGUGCUGCAAAGCCCGCAGAUCAGGGAGUGGACAAGAAACAAGAGAGUGAGCCCAGUAAUACGAAGGAGGAGGAGUGACUAGCAUGCAAGCCUUAUGUGUUCUGACUGUCUGUGCAGCCAAAGAGCAUGUACUACGCAAUCCAGAAGUGCCUUCGAAGCGAAGAAGGAACAAAGGAAGAAAAGGGGGCAUUGUGCUGUUGGAUGUUUCUGGUUAAAUCCUCAGUUGUAGAUUCAGAAUU